GCGUCGCUGUAUAACGCACUCCCAUACGCACCCGUUGUUGUCCUUUUUAUUUAUAUACGUGCUACGUGUGCGUGCAAGUAUAUUCACCUCCGCAGGAGCCCCUCCUACUCCGUAUUAGCUUUUUUUUUUCUCUUUUUCUUCUGUCUGUUUCCGCGCAGCAGCAAUGCCUCCGCUGCACAGCAGGGCGACACGCCAGAUUGUGAAGGAGCGCAACAGAAUCGAGGGGCCCCGAUCCUUGCACCGCGGCAUCCACUACGAGGAGAAUGCCGCACACGCGACGACCUUCAUGCAGAACAGCAAGAAGAAACGCGCGGAUCAUCGGGACCUGCUCGUGCACCACCAGCGCAUCAACGAAGAUCUGCAAGACGUGUACGCCCGGACCGCCGCGCUGCACGCCGACAACAUGACGAUGGAGGAGCGCAUCGAGCAAGGUUGGAAGCAGUUUGAGCGGAUCGGCGGGAAGCGGCCGACGAAUGUGCAGGCAGACCGAAGGGGAGCGGUGCUCUGCGCCAAUCACAGCGCCGUCCCGUACGCGGAGCGGCUCGCGCAGGUCGCACAGCAAAAGAAGGAGCUGCGCGAGCGGGGGGCGUGGGAGCGGUUGACGCACGGUGAGGCGGUGGACUACGGCGAGGGCAGCGCGCUGCACGCCGCAAAGGACAAGCGAGUGCAGGACUACCAGCGCCGUCAGCUCCGUCGCGCCCAUCUGCUGCGGCGCGUCGGUGACCCGACCCCGCUGAAGCAGUCCGGCACGUACGACAUGAACAGCGGCACUCUGCAGGUCUUCAACAAGACGAUCCGCAACGUGCAGCGGGAGGUGGCGCACGAUGCCCGCGUGGCCGAGGUGCGGGAGCGCAGAAAGGGUAGUCGCAGUCAGUGGGACGUGACGGAUGCGGGCAACGUGAACCGACCCGAUCACGGCAUCGUGCGGUACUCGCGGGAGUGGGAGCUCGGCCCGCGUCGAAAGGCCGGGGGUCGUGGACGAGGUGGUAGCGGUGGUAGUGGUAAUCGCGGAGGCGGUCGCGGCUUCAAGCGUGGCCGUGAUGAGUGA